UUUGAACUAAAAAUAAGGGCCCUAGCUCAUUUUUCUUGUGGCUUUUAGGGUUUUGGGGUGUUAGGUGGCAUCCAAGAAGUUUCUCGAUUCGAUCGUGUUUUUGGACGAUCGGGAAAUCUGGGAGAGAAGGUUAGAUAGAGUAAGUUGGCUCGUGUUUUCUGCCUAACCCUGAAACUUUCCAGGAAUUUAAGAGAGGAGAUUCCUACUCUGAAUUUCAUUGGGAUUAUAUUGUUUUAGGGGUAGGGUUUCGGUUUCGUCCAGAAAGGUUUCUGUGUUCCUUAACUCAGAGGAGUAACUCUACUGUGGAUGCAUUAAGAGUGAUGAGAAUUUUUUUAAUUUGUGGCGCUAGUGAUCUGGUUCUCUACAAUAGAAGUGUUCAACAAAAGUUGUUCUAUUUAAGAGGGUAAGAUGUCAUCAUCCUAUUUUUCAAGACUGAGAAAGGCAGUUCACCAUGGGAUCCAAAGAUCAACCAUCGGGCAAGGAGGUGGGCUCCAAGACUCGGUGGAGGUUCUACUUUGGCGAGGAAAACUGUUGUUUGGGAACUCUAGGUUGUUUCAUUCUAAACCAUUUUCAAGCUUAUCAGACCUGCAUGUAUUAUUACACCCUGGCACUGAUUUUGUGGCAAGAUCAGAUUCACAUUUAGCAAAUCAAAGAAGGACUCUUUCUGUUGUUGGAACACUUUCUCGCGCAUUCUCCAUUCCAUCCGUGUCUGGCCCUUCAUUGCAGGCUUGUGCAUAUCACGUCGAUUCUGCACUCUCUAAGCCAGGCGUCUUUUCCUAUGUGUCUCAUAAGACACCUAUGGCUGCUUGUAGUCCCAGAGCAGUGUUAGGUGAUUGCCACUUAGAUAAUUUUAUUUCAAGGCGUGUGCAUCUCCCAAUGUCUAUAAAAAAUGGUAGUAAUUUUCAUGGCAAUAGAGGUUUCAAUAGCUGCAGAAAGGCUAGCAUGAGCUUAACAAUUCAAGAGCAGUCCAAUAAUUGUUUGCUUUAUGGAUAUUUCAUAUACAAUGCUGCAAAGAGGAGAAGCAAUUAUAAUCCAUAUAUUUUUUCUGGAUUGAGAGAUUUCCAUGGAUCAUUCUCUGCAUGUUACUCUGCUGGAACUGCACCCGAUAUGUCAUUUCACAAUUCUCAACUUGAGGAACAGCUUGCAAAUUCUUCGGUUUCUUCUGAACAGAACAUCCAAUCGGACAGAACCUUGAAAUUUCUAUCAGGGUCAUGUUACCUGCCCCAUCCUGACAAAGAAGAAACUGGUGGUGAGGAUGCUCACUUCAUUUGUAUUGAUGAACAUGCCAUAGGUGUGGCAGAUGGUGUUGGUGGCUGGGCAGAUCUUGGUGUUGAUUCAGGGCAGUAUGCACGAGAACUCAUGUCUAAUUCAGUAACUGCAAUCCAAGAGGAGCCUAAGGGUUCUGUGGACCCAGCUAGGGUUUUGGAGAAAGCUCACUUUAGCACAAAAGCUAAAGGGUCCUCAACAGCAUGCAUUAUAGCCCUCACAGAGCAGGGUCUCCAUGCCAUUAAUUUAGGGGACAGUGGAUUCAUAGUGAUUAGAGAUGGAUGUACUGUCUUCCGGUCCCCAGUACAGCAGCAUGAUUUCAAUUUCACCUAUCAACUAGAGAGUGGAAAUGGUGGUGAUUUACCUAGCUCUGGUCAGGUUUUUACAAUUCCUGUUGCUCCAGGAGAUGUUGUAAUUGCUGGCACAGAUGGAUUGUUUGAUAAUCUGUACAAUAAUGAGGUUAUCGCAGUGGUGGUUCAUGCCACUAGAGCCAGUUUAGGGCCUCAGGUGACAGCUCAGAAGAUUGCAGCAUUAGCACGCCAACGAGCACAGGACAAAAACCGGCAGACACCUUUCUCCACUGCUGCCCAAGAUGCUGGGAUCCGUUAUUAUGGUGGCAAGCUUGAUGAUAUCACUGUCGUUGUUUCCUAUAUUACCAGUUACAGUAAUGUAUGACUCUCUCCCUCUCAUACUCACAUAUUUACAUUCUAGGCUUUCCUGUCCAAUCCUUUGUAGAAAGAAAUUCUCCUCUUUUGCAGUUCAAGAGCUAUCUCCUCCAUUGUUAAAAUGGUGAAUACGCAUUUCUGAUAUUAGAUUGAAUUUUCUUCCUAGCUGUCCCCUAUACCUUUCGGCCUUGUGUAGUCCAUUAUGUUACUUUUUAUCUUAAAGAAGUGAGCUCUUUUUCUAAGAAAGAAAAAGGCUAUGACAUCUCCUUAUGACCUGUUAUUUACACAUGCCUACCUGUAUUACCACCUCAGUAUUCUGUGUUCUAGCCUAGUCCCACUGCCUUUGUUGGCACUGUUUUUUAUUUAGUACUCCAUACACAAUCCUGGACAGUCGGUCAAGGACACAACAGUAUGUGCACUCAUUGUAUUGGACAUGGAUGAAACAGUAGGUGUGGUCUUUGUUGUAAGUUUUCCUCGCUAAUAGAUUAACUCUUAAGGACUGCUCCUA